AUGACUUAUUUUACAAAUUGGGAAGAAUUUGCGAAAGCUGUCGAAAGGCUUUUCUUAAGUGAUCCAAAUCGUUGCAGAUUCGUUACAAAAUACGAUCAUAAAAAUGGCAAAUUGGUGUUGAAAAUGACAAAUGAUAUUGUAUGUUUGCAAUAUAGUACAGAACUAUUGCAGGAUGUAAAACGUCUUGAGAAGUUGACUGCCACAUUAAUGCGGCAAAUUGUUUUGAAAUAG